UGGCUAAUGGAAAGUCGCGCGGUGCAUCCGCUUCACCUGCAGUAGGUGGUGGCGGCGACAGCCCUGGGCGGGGUCCCGUAAGGAGCUUCUGGGAAGUCCCUGGAGCCAGGGUUUCUCGCUGAGCGGCUAGGGGCGGUCGGCUUCCCCUCUGCCAAGUGAGGGCUUUGCUAGACAUUAUCACCGGGCACUGGCCGCACUUUUUGCAGCCCCCAUGCCACCUCUUCCAGAAGUAACUGUAAACUUGCUGCCUCCUUAAGCUGUUUACUGAGGACCCACUGGAUGUCGAGCACUGUGCAUAGUUACUUCGAUUCUUGCAACCACCCUGGCAAGGUCAGCUGCAUGGCUCUUCCACAUGAUUCGAAUGAAUCUUCCUAUUUGCUACCACCAAACAGCAAGGACUGGGAAGGGCAAGGCAUUCCUGACUUUGUCUAUGGGCAGAAGGAUCUCGUGGUGGAAGGGAUUCAGUGGCUGAGGAAAGCACCCGGCAUCCUGGACACGCUGCCACUGUCUCGCUUUGACUCUGCACUCUGCUCUGCCUGGAGGCAGCGCGUAGAGCUGGGGCUGUUUCGCUACUGCCUGGGGGACCUGCAGACCCGCACCCUCCCUGGUGCUGUGGGUUUUGUGGCUCAGCUGAAUGUGGAGCGUGGUGUGCAGAGAAGGCGCCCCCAGAACAUCAAGAGCGUGAGGCAGGCAUUUGACCCUGAACAGUUUAACUUCAACAAGAUCCGGCCCGGAGAAGUCCUCUUCCGUUUGCACCGGGAGCCGGAUCUCCCCAGUGCUCUCCAGCAAGAGGACAUCCUCGUGGUGAUCAAUGUCAGCCCCCUAGAAUUGGGCCACGUGCUGCUGGUACCUGAGCCUGCCCGUGGGCUCCCCCAGCGCCUGCUGCCGGGUGUGCUGCGGGCCGGGGUUGAGGCCGUGCUGCUGAGCUUGCACCCAGGCUUCCGUGUCGGCUUCAACAGCCUGGGCGGCUUAGCCUCUGUGAACCACCUCCACCUGCAUGGCUAUUACCUGGCCCACAGGCUGCCUGUGGAGGGGGCGCCAAGUGAGCCCCUGGACCCUGAGAGCCAUUUGCAUCUAGUCCGGGCCCUCCCAGCUCCCGGCUUUCUGUUUUACACUAGUGGGCCAGGGCCUGACUUGGAAGCCUUGAUAAGCAAGGUAUGUCGGGCCACUGACUAUCUGACUGACCAUGAGAUUGCACAUAACUUGUUUGUGACCCGGGGAGCCCCACCUGGAAAGACAUCACCUUCCUCAGCCCUCACAGGGGUCCGAGUAAUUCUUUGGGCCCGGAAGUCCAGCUUUGGGAUGAAGGAAGGUGAGGCUUUCAAUGUUGCCCUAUGUGAGCUGGCAGGGCACCUCCCAGUCAAGACAUCCCAGGACUUCAGCAGCCUGACAGAGGCGGCUGCCGUGGCCCUCAUUCAGGACUGUCUGCUGCCCCCAGCCCAGGCAGAAGAGGUACAGGCAGCACUCGUGGCCCUGAUGUCCCAGGAAGAGCAGUAAUCCUGCAUAUAUUUAUUUUCUAACUGAUGAGUCCCUUUCCAGAGGGCCAUUCAUCAGGGUCAUUUGGGCAUUUGUUUUCAUGACUAGCGAUCUCAGCCUAAGGGGAAGGAUAAAGAAAUAAAUGGUCCCUUUAAAGGAGAGAAACCUUGGAAUACA